AUGAUGAAGGUAACUGUGAUGACGAGCGUGAAGUGGAGCAUUGGUCGCCUGCUGGCGCCUGCAGCAUGCCUCCUCCUCCUCCUCCUGAUCGCCAUGUCUCGAGUCCAGCGGCAAGAGCCCGUGCUCGAGGAGCAGCAAGAGCGGGUCCAUCGAGUGAUGACAAGGCUGAAGCACGCGCGAGCGCAUGCGAGCGGCGCAGACAUCAUGCGCGCUCCGCGGGUUGUCUCCAAGUACGCGACUGCGUAUGCGCGAGACGAGAUGAGGGAGAUGAAGGACUAUGACCAGCUGAGAAAGAAGGAGGCGGAGCAGCAGGAGAGGUACAUGAAGGAGGAGGCGACGUACAAGCAGCUGGAGGCGUCCAAGUACCUGGCGCAGUCAAGGCAGCUGGUAGACUCGGUGAAGGGAGGGAAGGUGCAAGUACAGAAGUGGAGGGAAUGA